AUGACGUCUCUGGGCAAUCUCAUCGACUAUGUCGAUUUCGACAAGAGGAGCCUGCUUGAGUAUCACAACAAGAUCCUGACGAAACUAUUCGGUGGCAACGCCAAGGCCGCCAAUUAUGGCCUUGCUGUAGCCAUCUUCUCCCUCGGUCUCUUUCGCGACUGGCUGUACAAGGUUGCAUUAUCGGAGCAGCCGUCGCACCCCUUGCUAGAGACUGUCUACUCACGGGCUGCUGCCUACACGUUGUUUGCUGCCGGUAACAUCCUCGUCAUUUCGUCGACGUACCGUCUGGGGAUAAGAGGCACCUUCCUAGGCGACUACUUUGGGUUCUUGCUAGACGAAAUGGUGACUGGCUUCCCCUUCAACGUCACUGGUGCUCCCAUGUACUGGGGCUCUACCAUGAGCUUCCUGGGCACUGCCCUGUUCUUUGGCAAGCCAGCCGGUCUCUUGUUGACGUUGUGGGUGUAUCUCGUUUACGUGGUGGCCUUGCGAUUCGAGGAUCCCUUCACAGCCGGAAUUUAUGCCAAGCGGGACCGUGAGAGGGCUGCUGCCAAAUCUGGCAAGAAGCAGGAGUAA